UUAAGAUACUUGUUUUCCUUGAAUAACCCCAGCAGCCAUGUCGUGCUCCCAUGCAGUGCUUCCUACCUUGCCUCAGCCAUAAAAAAUCCUGCACCGGCUGUGAAACAUUCAACAAGUUCUUCGAGUACUGGAUCAUUGAACAGAACCAGCAUCUCCUAGACCCCAUAGCUGCAUCAGAAAGCCAAAAGAAAAACCAGUGUCCUAGCAGCGGAGAUGGAUCAGAUCCCGCAUCCGCUCAUCAAACAAGUGAUUGAGCAUUGCUACCACGCCUAGGCAAGGUGGGCUAAGAUGGAUGUAUUGUCCAUGUUGUCUCCUUCAUGGACAAGCAAAUUUAAGAGUGCUUUUCUCUGGAUUGGUGGGUGGCGUCCCGGCGUGGCGUUCCACCUGCUCUACUCAAAAUCAGGAUCGCAACUUGAGGCAGGAUUACACGAGCUGCUUCGAGGGUUGAGCUGUGGUGAUUUGGGGAUCUGUCCCCUAAUCAGCUUAUCAGUGUUGACAAGCUGCAGAAAAGAACUAUAAAGGAUGAGAAAGAAAAUACAGAAAUGAUGGGAAGGCUUUAGGAGACUGUGGCAGACUCAUCCAUGGUUGGGUUAUCGCAUGCUGUGAGUGAAUUGAUGAGGAGAGGGCAGACGGGUCAUGAUGGGCACGACUGUCCAUUUCUUAAUUGCGCGGCUGCUGAGCUGCACCUGAGACUUCAUGAAUGGGGCAACCGGUGGGAUGAAGAUAAGCGCCACAAUGAUACAUCUGCUGGCACUAAUUACUAGAGGCAAAAACCUAAGUAUUUGCUUUAAUAAAUUUAUAAGUUCUAC